AUGCAAGGCGUUGAUCCCAGAAGACCAUCUAGGCAGGACACCUACGACCUUCGGGAUCAAAUUCAGGACGCCUCUGAUUACUCUGACAUGCAGGCGCACGUCGACUCUACCACCAACCCCACUUACCACGGCAUCUCCGAUGAAGAACAUUCUGUCCUCGAAGACGACUCGGACAAUGAAGACCAGGAGAUGGAAUACGCCGAGGACGACGAAGAUGGGUCGUCCGACCUCUCCAUACCCAACGAAAGCAUUGAUUUCGACUUGGUCUAUUCGUUGCACAGUUUCGCCGCAACCGUGGAAGGACAAGCGAACGUUGUGAAGGGGGACAGCUUAUUCUUGAUGGACGACAGUAACAGUUAUUGGUGGCUGGUACGGGUCCUAAAAACUCAAGAAGUCGGUUAUAUUCCUGCUGAGAAUAUCGAAACGCCGUUCGAGAGACUCGCGAGGUUGAACAAACAUAGGAAUGUUGAUCUUGCAUCCGCAACAGAAGCCGAAACAGCAGGGGCCGAUGAAAGACUACGCGUUAGAGGGACCAAUAAAUCACCUUCGCCUGUCCCCCCACGAGGCGCCAGUCGUGCUAAACGUGGGGUCGCGUUCACACCAUCUCUGAGCGUCCACCGCUAUCCGCCUGCGGUCUGGAAUGAAGAGGAAGAGGAGGAAGAAGAUAUCGAAUGGGACGAUGAAGGGUACGAAGGUGAAGAUCGCGGGCUAGCAGAGGAAAUGCUGGAGCAGCAGCGCAGGGCAGAAGAGAUGCAGCAGCGAAUGGGUGUCGGGGAUAGGCAGGCUGGCAUGGAGGUAGACGACGGAAUGCAAUGGACCGACGAGGCACAAGCGCGUCUGAAGCAGCAGCAGCAACAGCAGGGAGCCGUGGCUGGUCUGCGUGCGGGAACCCCUCCUUCUGGGAUGAGCGCUGAACAAGUGCAGUCGCAGCAACGGCAGCAACAGAUUAUGGAGGCUCAAGAGCGGGAAAUCCAACGCCAGCAGCAAUUAGAACAAGACCGACAACGCCAGAUGGCUCAACAGGCACAAGCGCAGAAUGGCGUCCGUAAAUCACCCUCUCGCGAGCGCCUUGACCAAGACGUUAGGAUGACAGAUGCUUCUCAGCAAAUCGAUCCUGCUGAUGCUACGGAAACCAGAAAGUUGACGGUUACGCCGCCUGUGGCUAGAGAUGAGCGCCAGGGAGUGCCGAGCGCUGUUGCCAAAACUCAAGAGGAAGAGCGAAAGCGAAGGACAGCCGAAGAUGAAGAGGCUAGGAGGAAGAGCAAAGGCACAAAUGCUUUGGGGCCAGCUGUCAGUUCCGGCAGUGUCUCUAGCUCAGGGAGCAGCGGUCGACAAGGUGGAGGUAAACUACGGAAAGAGCGAGGGGACACAGACGACGAGGGUGGCAAGGACAAGAAGAAGAAGACAUCUAUGUUCGGUGGGCUUUUCACCAGGAAAAAGGAUAAAAAGGACAGGAAUCCGUCCAUUGGAAGCUUUGAUAGUAAUGAUGCAGUGGCGAGGGCUUCAGAAGAUUCGAAUCGCUCUGGAUCGGUGCAUAGUCGAAGCACAGGGGAAGGUUUCAUGUCGCCUGUUACGGCCGCAGCUUCAGCCAUGCAGCAACAAGUCCAGCAAGUCCAGCCAGCGACUCCUAAGGCGGUCCCGGAACCGAACCGACCUGCUGGUGAACCGGCGGCUCCCCUGGUAGCAGCAGCUCCUGCUAGUGCUGGACCAGCCAUCAUUGGCACACCUAGUACACCUCCGCAAGUAUCCCAACAUGCAUCUCAGUUGAGGCAGAGGGACCAACAACAACAAGCACUGUACCAACAAUAUCUCAACCGUUCUCCAUCUUCACCCCCCGAAGCGCAACCGUCGUAUGGCUUACAAUCAGCGUCGAUAUUCAAUGCUCCCCCAUCUGCGUUCCACAGUCCCUCAAAUUCUGGAUCUAACCCCGGUUUAGGUGUUCCAACCCCGCGCCCACGUCCAGGAUCACUUAUUUUAACUGGGAUGUCGCCUGACCUGAGCGUUAUCCGUGUCUUCGCGGGCAAGAAUCUUCAGACGGAGGCCACCUUCAAGACAGUCCUAUUGAAUAGCUCGACAACCUCGGAGGAUCUGGUCAGGCAGGCGAUCCAGAGGUUCCGUCUCCCUGGCGGAGACGACGAGAACGACUACUACCUUACGGUGAAGCAAGUAGAAGGAGGUGCUUCAGCAGUCCUUCGAUCCGCCGAGAAGCCUCUCGUGGUAUUUGAGACACUGACGGAAGCCGCUACGGAACUACCGAAGGUCAAGCGAAGCAGCGUUGGCAGCAUUAGUAGCGUGGCUAGCAAUUUGUCUAUGCAUCCGGCGAUCAGAAAGUUGCCGAUGAAUGACUUCACGGACGACUCGGCGGUCAAGUUCUACUUGAACAGGAGAAACGAGGAUGGGAGCUCUGAGGAUGAAUUUUCGGGACUCCCAGGCGACGAGACGCUCGUGGCUGAAACCUCAUUUGGUAGUGGUGAAGCGGAGGCACAUCUAUCGCCACUACGCUCGCAGUAUUUAAGCGCUGGGAGCAACGUCACCCCAGAACGAUUCAGCUCCCCGUCUUAUAGGUUUGCCCUGCAAAUGGUGAUAUAUCCUGAAGACCUCCCGGAAGAUAUGGCAUUCGACCCGCUUACGGAGGCCAUUGUCCCGAAAGAGACGCUGCGCGGGCGGCCUCAGUCAAGUAGCUCGAUAAGCACCUCUUUAUCGCAGACUAUGAGACGAAAAGUCUUCAUCUUCCCUAAGAAUGUUACUGUCGCAGAAGUUAUCGAGCUUGGAUUGGAGAGAUUUGGCAUCCCUGAAGGCGUCGUUGAUGGAGGAGAUGAGGUCGAAGACAAGAUGUCAAAGAGGCGAAGUUCAUCUCGCGUACGGUAUGGGCUUACCGUUGACACAGGGAACAACAAGCGGGAACUGUCACCUUCCAGCAAAGUUAUUGACGCCUUCCCUCGUCCGCCAACAUUCCGUGCCGCUGACCGCAAGGUGAACGAUAACAAGCGCCGAUCGAUAGACUCCGGUUUGCUGCUGGGUACCAUGGACGACAUCAACCCUGAUGACCCCUUCUUUGUCCUACGUCGCGCUGUAGCCUAUCGCAGCUCAACAUCUCGACAUCGACUAUCUGCACCUCUUGACGAAAUAGCACUUCAGCACCUUCAUCAAAGUCGCGAAUCCGAAGCAGGCUCCAGCUCUGAUCCAUCCAGCCCGGUUCUAGAAGAUGGCAAGAGGCAGCUCACAAGACAAGAGAUCAUUGCCGCCCAGCGGCGCGCAACACAAGCCAAUCAACGAGCAAUCCUUACUACCCAAACGAACUCAGUCCGUGGCGUCGACAUCUUGCUACCUGGCAAUGUGAUGCUCCGAAGUUCGCGCUACGAUGUUGGGGACAAAAUGCGCUAUUCAUACGUUCAGCCUGACGGUGAAACCUACGACAUCAGCGAUAUCAUCGAAGAAGAGUGGCAAGAGGGCAGCGCGACAGGGAAAAACGAUCUUCUGGAUAGCAUGCUUGUCCGAUCCAAAGAUGGUUAUGGCGAUAAGCUUGAUCGCGUACUCAACAAGAUCAAGAGCGGCAAAGCUGCCCGCCAGAGGCAACGAGAAAGUGUUUCUCAAGCCAGCUUUGAUAGUCAGGGGUCGUUCGAUUCCGUCUCACCCUCAGAAUAUUCUAUCGACAAUCGAUCUCGCUCAGCAACACCAGGCUCGGCAGGGUUGGCCUCGCGGGCACCUAAUGACCAGGCCAUGUACGCCUCGAGGUCGAAGUCGCCGUCGACCUCAGGCAUGGCGACGCCCAGACCCGGUACCGUUACGCCGACCGCAAAGCCCGACCACCUCGGGCCCAAUCGACGCAAUCCAUCGAUUGCUUCCGUUGUUUCAGAUACGACGGGCUACGCGACGCCGACUACACAAUUCUCACCUAUUGAUAGCCCAAGAAAGGUCGCGACUCCAAAGCCGUACAAUCAAAGAAAACGAGUAGUGAUACCCAAAGAUGAUUUUGGUCUCACCCAGAUGAUGGCUGUCAUCGAAGUCGCAGCGAUGAAACCAAAGGAACCUCUACCACAUUUAGAUCCAGUUGAUAAACUUCUUUUCGGCAGGCCGAUAGAACCACAAUCUUUACACCCCCAAAUCCGAGACAUCUACGCGAAUACUUUCAAAGAGCUCGAAGAUUUUGAUAAGGUCCUAGAUGAUCAUCUAUUUCGAAUUCAAGCAAUAGCCGCUCCUUAA